UGAUUUCUUCGUAUUGUCAGCGGAGCGUGCGAUCGAGACGCGCGUUUCCCCGACACAGAAGAGAUCCUCCGGCUUGUUUCCCUCUCGUCAACCGACGAAGCGCGUCGACGUCGCGUCGGGACCUUCGAGGGAGAGCUUUCGAAGAAGUUAAGAUAAAACAACUACUCGAGAAAGGAAGAGAGAGAUCGUCGAGGCAUGUCGAAGAUCAAGGUGCUGGACGGUGGCUUCUCCACGCAGCUGUCGACCCACGUGGGCGAGAGGAUCGACGGCGACCCUCUGUGGACGGCGCGUUUCCUCGUCACGGAGCCGAACGCGGUCUUCGCCACCCACUUGGACUUCCUGCGGGCCGGCGCCGAUAUCAUACAGACCAACACGUAUCAGGCGACGAUCGACGGCUUCGUCAAGUACCUGGGGGUCGGCGAGGAGGAGAGCCUCGAGAUAAUCCGCCGUGCCGUCGAUUACGCCAAGGACGCGGUGAACGCCUACCGUAAGGAGAUCGAGGAGAACGACGACGCGAAGUCGAACCGGAAACCGAUGAUCGCCGGGUCCUGCGGCCCGUACGGCGCCUGUCUGCACGACGGCUCCGAGUACACCGGCUCGUACGGCACGCGAGUGUCGCGGGAAUUCCUCGUCAACUGGCACAGGCCCCGGAUGCGCGCACUGCUGGAGGAGGGGGUCGACCUGCUGGCGAUCGAGACGAUACCGUGCGAGCGCGAGGCGGACGCCGUGGUCGAGCUGCUGAGGGAGUUCCCGGACACGCGGGCCUGGCUGUCCUUCUCGUGCCGCGACGACGGCAGGAGUCUGGCGGACGGCGCGAGCUUCCGGGAAAUCGCCGUGAGAUGCUACAAGAACGCGCUGCCCGGGCAGAUAGUGGCGGUCGGUGUAAACUGCCUCGCUCCGCAGAGCGUCAGCCCUCUGCUGAAAGGCGUGAACAAAGGCGACGGCGGUCUCAUACCGUUAGUGGUGUACCCCAACAGCGGAGAGAAGUACCUGGUGACGGAGGGCUGGAAGAAGGACAGGGAGGCGCCCUCCCUGCACGAGUUCAUCGACGAGUGGCUGGAUCUCGGGGUGCGCUACAUCGGCGGCUGCUGCAGGACAUACGCCACGGACGUCAAGCGGAUCAGGUCCAGGGUGGAUCUGCGCGAAGCGGCGACGUAGAGUCGGCGGUCACCCGAUGACGUCGCGCUGCCGCUUGGCGAUGUCGUGCGAGGUGGUCAAACCUCGCCGGCACCGCGUAGGAAACGCAUGUCACGUCGCCGGGGUUUUAAUAAGAUACUUCUUUUUAUUGAGAAAAUGUAAUCUCCUAAAUGAAAGAACAUCAUCUGUCGAGUGUGUAUGAAUAAAGAGAUGUUUGUUAUCAA